AUGACAGAGAGAAAUCCAAUAGCAGCAAAUUCAUCAUCUCCUGACAGUGAUUUUAGCAGCCAGCAAUGGUCUUUUGAACUCUCUGACUACAUGAGUUUUGCAGAUAUUGAAUUGCAACAAGUUGAUCCUACGGCUAAUAAUCAGUCUUUUGUUUAUCAAGCCAAUGAAAUAGCAGGUGGCAGCAGCAACAUUGAGGGGUCUUCUAGUUAUACCAGGGAUACAAAUACUACAAUGAGUGGAACAGCCCUAACCCAAGGUACAUAUUGGAAGAAUGAAGUUAACAAGAGAGUUGCAUUCAAAACAAUGACUGAGAUUGAAAUACUAGAUGAUGGUUACAGAUGGAGAAAGUAUGGAAAGAAAAUGGUUAAGAACAGCCCUAAUCCAAGGAAUUAUUAUAGGUGUUCAGUGGAGGGAUGUCCUGUAAAAAAGAGAGUUGAGAAAGAUAAGGAUGAUUCAAGAUAUGUGAUAACAACCUAUGAAGGCUUGCACACACACUCAACUUCUUCAUAG